UCCAAGCCGCCAACGCCACUUUCUGUCAAUAUUCAACAACAAAAAGUUAACUUUACUUUUGAAUUAAUGUUGAAAGUGCGCUAAUUUAUAUUGAAAUUUAGGUCCAUUUCAACUGUAUAUAAGUUGCUGAACACAAGUAAUUAACAAUGCCAGUGUUAGAAUCCUGCUGGUCGCCAUGCAUUUGGUCUUCGGAUGUAAAAUCUGGGAGCAGAGCGGUGGCUGUGUAUACGGCAGCUAUGAGCGUCAUACUUAUUACGUUUAUAGCGUAUCAGAUGGAUGGUGGAGACUCCACGCAGCUGUGGAACCCGUUGUUUGAAGCUGAUGUUCGAUCAUCGCUGUUCAUAUUUGGCAUCAUCUUCAUUAUCAUCUUUACCUUCUUGAUUUUCUUUUCUGUCCUGAUGGUCAUCGGCAUAAACAUUUGGAUGAGAGGUCUCCUGCUGCCCUGGUUGAUCACCGUUGGUUUGAUCAUCGUCUUCCAGUUCAUCUUUGGGCUGUGGCUUAUUGGUGGAUAUUACAUUUAUUUGGAUGCCACGUUUGCUGCAUUUAUUGACUUCAUAUGGAUGGCCUACAAUAUCUAUUGCUGGUUGUGUGUGUUCUCACAAUAUCAAAUAAUCCUGGAGAUGCAAUCGCCAAAUAUUGAGAUAUUAGUGGAGUAUUAAAAACGGACUGAGGUAAAAAAUAUUAUUAAUUAAGUAGCGCCUACUCUAGGCGCACACCGUUGAUUUUUAGUUAG